AUGCUUCAGAGGCUUCCUGGAAUGAGGUUCGGAUUUCAAGAGAGUUGUCUAAGCUGUAGAAGUGAAUUUCAGGGUCUUAAGCCCAAAAAGGAAGAUGGAAAACCUUGGGACUGGAUGAAAAGGCGAGGAAUCCAUUCUUUUCUUGUGGCGCUGACCCUGCUGACGGCCAACGGGACCAUUCUUGAGUGCUCCGAGUCCAGCAACUCAGAGGUGUUCCAGGCAGCGCGGGUGCACCUGGUCUGCCUGGGAGUGAUUCUCACCGUCACCCUGCAGUGUGUGCCCCAGUUCCACUUGCAGGAGAUCUCCUCCCCCUCAACCCUGGAAGAGGUUCUUAACAACCUGGACAGCCACCUGAAGAAAUCUGAAUAUUUUUGCUUCCUGUGGUUCCCGCACAGUGAGAACGUCAGCAUCAUCUACCAGGACCACACCAACAAGCCCCCCUCCUCUUCCGCCAACUGGUUUUGGGACUAUGCCAUCGGAUUCUAUUUCCUGGAGUUCUUGCUCUGGAUCAGCUCCUUCCUGCCGAUCCUGCUGGGCUGGAUCAAUCACUGCUUCUUCUGGCUCCUGUUCACCAGGAAGAAGGAGAGCAGCAAGCUCAGCUACAAGAUCUUCAGCUACAAGUGCCACUUCAAGCAGCAUGUCCAGGACUGGGCCAUCCCCAGAGAGAAGACCAAGGAGAGCUUGCUGGAACUGAAGGCCACGCUGGAGGCCCACCCCAAGAUGGUGGCCCACUACCCCAUGGAGGUCCGCUUCACCCGCGGGGAUGACAUCCUGCUGAGCCCCUGUUUCCAGAGGGACAGCUGCUACAUGAACAUCAUCAUGUACGGGCCCUAUGGCAAGGACGUGCCCCGGAUGGAGUACUGGCUGACCUACGAGACCAUCAUGAGGAAGGUCGGGGGCAGGCCCCACUGAGCCAAGGCCCACAACUGCACUCAGAAGGACUUUGAGAAAAUGUACCCAGCCUUUUCGAAGUUCUGUGCCAUCCAAGAGAAGCUGGACCCCACCAGGAUGUUCCUGAAUACGUAUCUGGAGAAGGUGUUCUACUGA